CGUACCCAACACCUGCGCUAAGCGUCGCCUGGGCAGAAUGGCCGCAAUGGAUCCGCCGAGCACCCUCAAGCCCGCAGAAGUUGCGCUGGCUAUGAUGCAGCAUGGCGUGGCGAAGCACCGCACCCGAUGGGAUAUGGUGUUUUGGAAGGCUUUCCUCGCAGGGGUGAUGCUAUCAUUUGGAGGACUCCUCGAUACUGUCAUUUCUGGCGGGUCCACAGCUUUGAACGCGUCCAAUCCAGGCCUCGUCAAAGUCAUGGGCGGCUUCGUCUUCCCUGUAGGACUCGUAAUGAUUGUAUUGCAGGGACUCGAAUUGUUAACUAGCAACAUGAUGAUCUUCCCUAUGGCUAUAAUAAAACGCCAAAUUCCAUGGUGGAGUCUUCCAUUCAACUGGUUCUUGGUUACCUUCGGCAACCUCACAGGCAGUCUAUUUUUUGCGGAGGUGCUCGUCAAACAAACGGGCAUCGUUUCCACUCAGCCGUACAUAGCUUAUAUCCAAAGCUUUGCUAUUCGUAAAGUCAUCGAGCCUCACUGGUACCAAAUAUUCCUCCGGGGUAUCGGAUGUAACUGGCUUGUGUGCAUCGCAGUCUGGCAAGCAGCAGGGGCAAGGGAUACGCUGUCCAAGAUCGUCGCAAUAUGGAUCCCUAUCUUGAUCUUCGUCUCGUGCGGAUACGACCACGUGGUCGCUAACAUGUUCUCCAUUCCCCUGGGAAUUAUGUUCCACGCUGAGGGACUCACGACCGCGAUGUACAUCCGCAAAUCUCUUAUCGCAGCGUACCUGGGCAACAUCGUCGGAGCCCUUUUCGUUGCUCUUCCGGCGACCUACUUCUACCUUUCGGACUAUGACGCCGGGGGGCUGCGCGGCGUAGAGGAGGGCGAAGAAACGCAUGCAGUGAACGCUGGUCCUUUGGUCGGUGGUCCUCGAGCGUGA